GCUGCCGGGCAGGGAAGGCGGAGCCCCGGCGGAGCUCGGGAACCGCGGCCGUGUAGGGCGGGCGGAGGGACCCUCCGCCCGGGGCAGCCGUGGCGUGGCGGGUCGCUGACUGCCGAGGGACGCGACCCUGGGGGACAGCGGGGACGCGGUCCGCGGGGCCCUGCGGGCCCGGCCUGGGGGUCGCCGCAGGCCCCGCCGGUCGGGCGAGGCCCCGCGGAGUGAGGGGGGCGAGCGAGGCUGGCGGGGCUGUGGCUAUGCGGUGUUUGCACUGAGAGCUCGCCGCAGCUCCGGGGGCCCGGCCUGCGGCAGGUGAAGCUGCAGGGGUAGAGGGUGACUUCUUCCCUGUCACUUGUUUCCGUACGGCAUGAUUAAUGGCUCAUUACCUGGCAAUUAGUGGUUAAAGUCUUAAUUGGUACGAGAUCUGGUAUAUAUUGUUUCACUCGUUGAACUAUCGCCUCAAACAUAACGAAACCGGCCGCUUUGGUGGAUGAAGCGCAGUAAAGAGCUGUUUGGCUUCACGUGUUGUGGGUGGCCGUGGACAAGCUCCGGGCACCGAGCGAGCUUGUGUCGCUGUGACCGUGACCGGCUGUGCACGGGCGCACCUCGGUUACGGAGCGCUGGGAGCUCUGCUCGUUCCUCCUCGCUAGGGUUGUUUUGGCCCUGAAGCAGAGAAACUUGGCAUGAUCCCUAAAUGCAAAUGCAGUCGCUGAAGGAUAUAUUUACUUGUUUCUGUGUCACGCUGAAAAAUGUGGUGGUGAUACAUGUGAGUAUCUUCUGUCCAGUGGGAGAUUUCUUGGAGAAAAAGUAUGGCAACCUCACAGUUGUAUGAUGCAUAAGUAUAAAAAUAGUGAAGCAAAAAAUUGCCUCAUAGACAAACAUGUUGUGUUUAUAGGAGAUUCUAGAAUUCGACAGCUGUUCUAUUCAUUCAUAAAACUGAUAAAUCCUCAAGUCAAAGAAGAGGGAAUUAAGCAUGGAAAUAUACCAUUUGAAGAUAAAUCUGCUUCAAUUAAAGUGGAUUUUCUGUGGUACCCAGAAGUUAAUGGCUCUAUGAGGCAACGUAUCAAAUCUUGGACUGAGGGUUCUGUGGCAAAACCUCAUAUAAUUGUAGUAGGAGCUGCCACGUGGUCUAUCAAGAUUCACAAUGGCAGCAACGAAGCCCUUGCACAAUAUAAAAUCAAUAUCACUUCAAUUGCACCGCUUUUGGAAAAAUUAGCAAUAAGUAGUGAUGUUUACUGGGUCUUACAAGAUCCUGUUUAUGAAGAUAUGCUGAGUGAAAGUCGGAAAAUGAUCACUAAUGAGAAAAUAGAUGCUUAUAACGAAGCAGCUGUUCGUAUUCUGAACAGCAGCUCCCGAAAUUCCAAAGCUAAAGUUAAAGUGUUCAGUGUAUCAAAAUUGAUAGCGCAAGAAACUAUCAUGAAGUCUGCAGAUGGCCUGCAUCUCCCUGAAUCAAGCAGAGAUACAAAUGCAAUGAUUCUUAUGAAUGUCUACUGCAAUAAAAUAAUGAAGCCCAUUGAUGGCUCCUGCUGCCAGCCUCAGCCUCCUCUCACUCUGAUACAGAAGAUAGCUUUCUGUUUCUUUACUUUGUCCAUUUUUGGAUAUUUAAUUAUCAGCUUAAUUCAUCGGAAUAAUUAUCGGAAGAACAAAACAUGCACUGAUUUGGAAAGCGGAGAGGAGAAGAAACCUGCCAUCAGCACACCUAACGUUUCUACUUUAGAGAUGCUCUUACACUGCUUUUGCAAACUUGGUCUAAUCAUGACCUAUUUUUAUCUAUGUGACAGAGCAAAUCUUUUCAUGAAGGAAAAUAAAUUUUACACACAUGCAUCUUUCUUCAUACCAAUCGUCUAUAUCUUGGUUUUGGGGGUAUUUUAUACUGAAAAUACCAAAGAGACUAAAGUGUUAAAUAGAGAACAGACUGAUGAAUGGAAGGGCUGGAUGCAACUUGUUAUUUUGAUUUAUCAUAUCUCUGGAGCAAGCACUUUUUUACCUGUGUACAUGCACAUUCGAGUUCUGGUUGCUGCCUAUCUGUUUCAAACAGGUUAUGGGCACUUCUCAUAUUUUUGGAUAAAAGGGGACUUUGGUGUAUACAGACUGUGUCAGGUUUUAUUUCGUCUCAAUUUCUUGGUUGUGGUACUGUGCAUAGUGAUGGACCGACCUUACCAAUUCUAUUAUUUCGUGCCAUUAGUCACUGUCUGGUUUAUGAUCAUUUAUGCCACCUUAGCUGUAUGGCCUCAAAUUGUCCAGAAGAAAGCAAAUGGGAACUGCCUAUGGCACUUUGGCUUACUGCUGAAACUGAUUUGCUUACUGAUAUGUAUAUAUUUUCUGUCAUAUUCUCAGGGUGCAUUUGAGAAGAUAUUUUCCUUUUGGCCAUUGUCCAAGUGUUUUGAACUGAAUGGGAAUGUCUAUGAAUGGUGGUUUAGGUGGAAGCUGGAUCGCUACGUGGUUUUUCAUGGAAUGCUGUUUGCUUUUAUUUAUCUGGCAUUGCAGAAACAUCAGAUGAUAUCAGAAGGAAAAGGAGAUCCUCUUUUCUCCAACAGAGUUUCAAAUGUUUUAUUAUUUAUUUCAAUUGUGUCCUUUUUGACCUACUCUAUUUGGGCUAGUAGCUGUAAAAACAAGACAGAGUGCAAUGAGCUACAUCCUUCUGUUUCUGUGGUGCAGAUUUUAGCUUUCAUCCUCAUCAGGAACAUUCCUGGAUAUGUCCGAUCUGUGUAUAGUUCAUUCUUCGCCUGGUUUGGCAAAAUUUCUUUAGAGCUCUUCAUUUGCCAAUACCAUAUUUGGCUGGCAGCAGACACAAAGGGGAUCUUGGUGCUCAUUCCUGGAUAUCCAAUGUUUAAUGUUCUUGUCAGCACUUUCAUAUUUGUGUGCGUGGCACAUGAGAUAUCUCAGAUCACUAAUGAUCUAGCACAGAUUGUGGUUCCUAAAGAUAACUCAACUCUGCUGAAAAGGUUGCUAUGCAUAGCUGGAUUUUUUUCUGGACUACACUUCUUCUCAGCAAUGCAAGAUCCAUUGAGGCAUUAGUUUGGAAACUUUCUUCAGGUUUACUUUGUGUCUGCCUGAACAAGAAUUCUCAACUGGAGGUACAAAAAGACAUUUAACUUAAGCGUGUGGAAAAUGUAUAUAGUGGAAAUGUACAUAUUUUGUGUGGAAAUAGCCUUCUCAAGUAAUCUGAGAAACAAGAGUGCACUGUACAGAAUUGCAUGUGAAAAUGAUUCUUUUCUACUGGAUGUUUGUUUCUGUUUACAUAUCUGUUGAAAUGAGACACGAAGCAGUGCAGUGGUUGAGCAGUAUCAUGGGCACAUCACGGGAUUCAGCCGGCGCUGGCGAGCCCAGGGCGAGGGGCUGCGCUGUUCCUGCUGUUCCAGCGCCUGCCACGCGGAGCACGCGCUGCCGACCUUGGCAAGAGCAUGUCCGGCACAGCCGAGAGCCUCCGGAACCACCGCCGAGGCAGCGGGACCAGGGCAGUGCUCUGAACACAGCGGUAACUUGCUGGUUAGAAAUUAGUGUUUGGGGUGGAAAUAGUAAUACGUUAUAUGAAACCCUUGAUAUGUGGAAGUAAGAAGCACUCAUCAAUUCAGUGGUUGAAGAUUAUACACAAGUUUACAUAAUGUUUUAUGAGGGUUUUUUUAGAAAUUUAAGAUGUGUUUAGCAAACAUGGUGAAUUCUGGGAUGAAAUUUUUCUAUAAAGAGAAUUUGGGUUUUCUUCCUAAAAUCAUUUGCUUUUUCAUAAAUUUUUCACUAAUUCAUUCAACUGUGUGUAGUUCUGUGUACAGUCCCAGUGAACAAACAAAUUAAUAAUUUUCAGAGAUUCAGUUCAAGGUGGGAAAUUUUUGGAAGACCUUCCAACCUUUUUCAGUUAGAUGGAAUCCCAUCAGAUCUACUCCAUCAGAUCUUAGGGGAACGGUGAUCUUUGACCCUCUCCCUGUGUUUGUAGGUGACCUUGAAUUAGGUCUCACUAGGGAACUAGUGCCAUAUUCUAUGCUGUAAUAACAUUUUCAUUUAAGAGGAUGCAAGUCAGUCUGUUGGUAUCAUGAGGAGCAGGGAUUGAGUGGUCAACUUUGUUGCAUGCAGAUGGUUGAGUCUCAGAAUUACAAGUGAAAUGAGAUAGGAACUGUUUGGAGAAAACUUUUUCCCAUCCUUUUCAGGAGUGCCCAAUCUUUCUUACUAAUUUUUUUUCCUUUAGCAAAAUCCUUAUAAUUGAAAUAAAUAGUCCUGCAGUGUGGCAGUGGCAAGCUGUUGUUUACAUUCUACUAAUCAGUGAAGUUAUGGACAUUUCUUGGUUGGUUGUGGGUUUGUUUCAAGUAAUAGUUUGACCUCUAGUUGCUUUUUCAUUUUAUUAUUCUUCUGAUUAUUUGUUAGCAGUCAAAAACAUGAGAGCAAUAUUCUUUUCCAAGCAUAUGUGCAAUUAUGUAUGAUUAUAAACAACAUGAAUACUAAUUUGUACCAUAUAUACUGUCACAUGCAUGUUUUUGUUCUUAUCCCAGGUAAAAUGUUGAAUUCAAUCUUGCAGCCAUGAAUGAAUGAAUGCAAAACAAAUUUAUGAAAACAAUUACUUCAAUUUUUAUUUUUUUGUGUGUGGUGGAGAACAGCUUCUUUUAAAGAAUGAGCAGUCAUUUAUCAUAAAAAACAAAAAAGAAAUAAUUGACUUUCCCCAAAUUCAGCAGUUUUACUAAGCCUGCCAGCUGUUUUCAAGAUAAUGGAAAGAUACUCAGCUGUUUGUUCUGUGUGCAUAUUACUUCCAGUGCUUGGGAAUUUAAUCUCAUUGAUCAAUACAUUUGAGUGACUGAAGGAAAGAGUGUAGGUGGACACCAUAGUGGGGAAUAGCAAGCAUACCUUUCAUCUAUGCCAGUAUUAUGAGCAACAGGGAACUGUGAGCUUGAGAGAUAAUUUUUGUUUUGUUCUUCACAACAUAAUUGUUGUAGAUAUAACUCUAUUUAUCUGUUGUACAGACUUGGUUAAAAGAUUUAUUUUUAAUGUUUGAAAUAAUGCACUUGUUUACUAUUACUGUAUGUGGGAUAAAUAUAUUUUCUUUUCAGGUUAUGUAAAAAUAUGAAGUAAUUUAAACAUUAAAUAAAAGUGCUGUGGAUGCUU